AUGCAAAUCGGAAAUCCAACGGACGUAAAACAUGUUGCUCACAUUGGUUGGGAUGGACCCUCUGAUAACAACACUGCACCUAGCUGGAUGAACGAUUUCAAGUGUUCUCCGGGGAUGGAAUCAACUCCGGGACUCGGAGAAGACGAUUCCUCCGUGAAAUGUCAAUCGGAAUAUGGUGGUCGGUCUAAAGAUUUACCAAAACUACCGAAAUCUUCGAGGAAAUCAUCGUCGGAGAAAGGUUCUCCGACUAAAGAGAAAUCCGAUAAGACCAAACGUCGGUCUUCGAACAAAGCCACGGCUAGGAGAUCAAAGGAGACUUCAGGACAGGAGGAAGAUGCUUCUUGGUCUCAACACAGUGUUGGAUCAUCACCUGAGAUUCCAAAGAGAUCCAAGAGGAAGAAAUCUAAAGAAGGUACUAAUGGAGGUUCUUCAAGAUCAUCACGAACAUCGGAAUUUGAUAAAAUGUCUGAUACUGGUUCCGUUAGAUCUCUGUCUCAAUUUGAUGAAGACUGA